GAGGAGAAACAAAAGUUAAAUUUCCUUCGCUCUCACUCACUCUAGAAAUUCAACAAUGAAGUUGAUGAAACUAUUAAGAUUAUGGUUUAUUGUUGCUUCAAUCUCUGGGUUCGCUGCAAUCUUCAUCUACAUCACUGGCUCUUCUUCCUCUUUCUAUGAUAGGAUUAGUGUUUCUGAGGAAGAUUUGAGUGCAUUGGUAAAAUUAAAGAAUGGUUUUCAGAAGUGUGUGAGGGCAAAUGGGUUAGGUUUACAAGCUUCCAGUGGAAGAGAUUACUGUAUAGUUACAAUAGAUUUUCCUAAAGAUACUGUUCCUAAAUGGAGGGAUCCCAAAACAGGAAAACUUGAAGAGUUAUCGUUUGAGUUUGAUCUUUGUGAAGCCGUGGCUAAAUGGGAACAGGUACGGAAUAGCACCACUAUACUGACUAAAGAGUUUAUGGACUCCUUGCCGAAGGAACAGAAGAGAGAGUAUGCGUGGAAAAGAAUUAAUAAGGGCGAAGAACACUAUUGCAAGAAUAUGACUCUCUGCAUGGAGAAACUUGCUCUUGUACUUCCUGAAAGGCCACCAUUUGUUCCUCAUCAGAUUGGUCGAUGUGCUGUAAUAGGCAAUUCAGGAGAUCUUUUGAAAACAAAGUUUGGGAAGGAGAUAGAUGGUUAUGAUGCUGUAAUAAGAGAGAAUGGUGCACCAAUUCAGAACUAUACAGAGCAUGUAGGUACGAAGAGUAAUUUUCGCCUUCUUAAUCGAGGGUCUGCCAAAGCGCUCGAUAAAGUUGUGGAAUUAUAUGAGUCUGGGAGGGAGGUCUUGCUCGUUAAAACCACAAUUCAUGACAUUAUGAACAAGAUGAUUCGGGAGAUCCCAAUAGACAAUCCUGUGUAUCUCCUGUUAGGAGCAUCAUUUGGUUCAGCUGCAAAAGGAACAGGACUCAAGGCUCUGGAAUUUGCAUUAUCUAUUUGUGACUCUGUCGAUAUGUAUGGUUUUACAGUUGACCCAGGUUAUGAACAAUGGACUAGAUACUUCUCAGAAUCGCGAAAUGGGCAUAGUCCUCUUCAGGGUAGAGCGUACUAUCAGAUGAUGGAAUGUUUAGGACUUGUCAAGAUUCAUUCUCCCAUGCGAGCAGAUCCUUACCGUGAAGUGAAGUGGUUACCAAGCCAAAGUACAAUCAAUGCUGCGAGAAUCGCGGCAGAGAAAGUCUUGAGUAAGAUAGGAGCAGGGAUGGAUGACCCUCUGAGAUCAUGUUCAAUUAUCAACAAACAACACAAGGGUUUGAUCAUGUCGAUUCCUGGUCUUAGAAAGGCUGCUAAAGAACACCUGAAGUACGUAGAAGGUGCAACCAUGUACCCUAUGGAUAAGAGUCUUGGAGGUGGGACACUCUGUACAGUUCCUUGAGAGUUUCAAUUCGUCACUAAAGUUAAUGAUUUUCUCCAACACUAUAAUUCUUACGUUUUUCUACCAAUAUUGUUGUGGUUGGGUUGGGAGUUGCCUGAGUUAGUUAACUGGUUCCGGUUGUAUUGAAUGUAAAUCUUGGUGUAGACAUUAUGGAAGGAGCGAAACAAGGGUGUCUUUGGAUGCAGGGGUUGUUCUGUAGAUGAAUUAGUUUAUGUAGUUAUCACCACAAUCAUUCUUUGGUGUUCAAAUUCCGAUAUUGUUAGGGGUUGAUCCUGUGCUUUUCAACUGGAAAGCUUUUGUAAGAUGCCGAAACUUGAUGUAAUCACAUAUUUUUCUUAUAAUACAUCAACCUUUUCUGUCAAAAUAUAAAAAUAAUUCUUGGUGUGCUUUUUCA